AUGUCCGAACCACAAGAAGCAGAUGUCGAUUCCAUAAUCGAUAGAUUGCUCGAUGUCAGAGGAUCUAGACCUGGAAAACAGGUGCAGCUACAGGAGUACGAGAUUAGAUAUCUUUGCACAAAAGCCAGAGAAAUAUUCAUUCAACAGCCCAUUCUUCUUGAGCUAGAGGCUCCAAUUAAGAUUUGCGGUGAUAUUCAUGGCCAAUAUUAUGACUUACUAAGGUUAUUUGAGUAUGGAGCAUUCCCUCCAGAAGCCAACUAUCUUUUCCUAGGAGAUUACGUCGACAGAGGUAAACAAUCGUUGGAAACCAUCUGUCUUUUAUUGGCGUACAAGAUCAAAUAUCCUGAAAACUUUUUUGUUUUAAGAGGUAACCACGAGUGUGCAUCUAUUAACAGAAUAUACGGUUUUUACGACGAGUGUAAGAGAAGGUACAACAUCAAACUUUGGAAGACGUUCACCGACUGCUUCAACUGCCUUCCUAUUGCCGCCAUUAUUGAUGAGAAGAUCUUUACCAUGCAUGGAGGUCUUUCACCCGAUUUAAAUACGAUGGAGCAGAUUAGAAGAGUGAUGAGACCCACAGAUAUCCCUGAUGUGGGUCUAUUGUGCGAUCUACUUUGGUCGGAUCCUGAUAAAGAUAUAACUGGAUGGAGUGAAAAUGAUAGAGGUGUCUCGUUCACUUUUGGACCUGAUGUUGUGUCUAGGUUCCUUCAGAAACAUGACUUGGACUUGAUUUGUAGAGCACAUCAAGUCGUUGAAGAUGGAUACGAAUUCUUUAGUAAAAGACAAUUGGUUACUAUAUUUUCUGCGCCAAACUACUGCGGUGAGUUCGAUAAUGCAGGUGCCAUGAUGAGUGUCGAUGAGAGUCUACUUUGUUCGUUCCAAAUUCUCAAGCCGGCAGAGAAGAAGAAAUACGGUUAUACUGGUCAGCUUCCUUCUACGACGUCUCAGACCAGAGAUAUGUUAUACUAUGUUCAGGGAACAACAUUCAAGAUGGUUUUAGUUCAAGACUUGCUAAACCCGGAUCCAGCAUCCGAGGCUAAGAUGUACAAGCUUAAGACAUUGGUCCAGGCCCCAAGAUCUUACUUCAUGGACGUCAAGUGCUCUGGUUGCUUGAAGAUUACCACUGUCUUCUCACAUGCACAGACACCUGUCACAUGUGACUCAUGCUCCACUGUUCUUUGCACACCAACUGGUGGUAAGUGUAGAUUGACAGAGGGCUGUGCUUUUAGAAGAAAGUGA